AUGGCAACGAAACCAGGAUUCUUAUCCAAAUUCCCUUGGGAAGACAUGGGAAACUUCAAGUAUGUGCUCUUUGUCCCCUUUUUGGCAACCGUCGUUUCCGGCAACGACGACGCUGACAAUUGGUCGGCUCACAUUUGCGCCCUCGCAGCGCUUCGCUACAUUAUUGCGCAAGUCUUUGUGAGCUUGUCCCGAGUUCACAACAUUACUGAACGGACCAAGAUUCAAGACAAAGGAAUCAGCUACGAGCAAAUUGAUCGAGAAGACCAUUGGGACGACUAUAUUAUUCUUCAAGCCUACGCAAUGACUGCGGUUCAUCACAUUCCCUCUCUUGGAUUCGGCGGCUUUCCUCUCUACAACACUGCUGGUUUGUGGCAAAUGCUUUUCUGGCACGUCGGGCCCACCGAAUUCAUCUACUACUGGCUUCAUAGAGCUCUUCAUCACCAAUUCCUGUACUCUCGCUACCAUUCCCAUCACCACGCAAGCUUUGUCACCGAACCCAUCAGUGGAUCCGUCCAUCCUUUCAUGGAGCAUAUCAUGUACACUGCCAACUUUGCCAUUCCGUUCCUCGGUCCAUUCUUCCAAGGCGGAGCUUCCGUGUCAAUGUUCUACAUCUACCUGCUUUGCUUUGACGUCUUGAACGCCAUUGGCCACUGCAAUUUCGAGUUUGUUCCCCGGUGGUUCAUGAGAAUCCCUGGAAUGAAGUAUUUGAUCUACACCCCAAGCUACCAUUCGUUGCACCACAGCCGUGUGCACGCCAACUUUUGCCUCUUCAUGCCCAUCUACGACCACCUGUUCGGCACAGUCCACAAGACUUCUGAUACUCUCUACGAAAAGGCAAUCACUGGUCAAGCUGCUCCAAAAACUGCACCCGAUGUCGUGUUUAUCGGUCAUGGAACCAACCUCGUCAGCUUGUUCCAUCUUCCAUUCAUGCUCAGAUCUUUCUCUUCGAGACCUUUCGAGCCCAAGUGGUGGCUUGCUCCUUUCUGGCCACUCUGCAUCCUUGCCAUGUUCAUCAUGAGAAGUUUUGGCAAGGUAUUCAUCUCGGAUAAGCAUCGUCUUCGCUCCUUGAAGAUGGAGACUUGGUGCACUCCCGCGUUUGCGAUCCAAUUCUUCUUCAAGAGUCAAUGGAACUGGAUCAACAGCAAGAUCGAAGAAGCAAUCUUGGAAGCUGAUGCUGCUGGCGUCAGGGUUCUAGGAUUGGGUGCCCUGAACAAGAACGAAGCUCUGAAUGGUGGCGGCAAACUCUUUGUCGACAACAAUCCCGACCUGACCACUCGUGUCGUCCAUGGAAAUACUUUGACUGCUGCAGCUAUACUCAAGAAGAUUCCACCAAAUGUCGAGGAAGUCUUUGUCACGGGAGCCACUUCCAAGCUCGGACGUGCCAUAUCUCUCUACUUGGCCGAACGCGGAGUCAAGGUGACCAUGCUCACAGCCAGUGUAGAGCGGUUUCAAAAGAUCCGCGAUGAAGCUUCUCCCAAGGCACAAGAGCGCAUUGUGCAUGCUUCCAAGAUCCAAGCUGGAGCAAAUUGCAAGGACUGGAUCGUUGGAAAGUUCUGCAGCAAAACAGACCAAGCGAUGGCACCAUCCGGUACUACCUUCCAUCAAUUCGUUGUCCCUCCUCUACAAGAGUUCCGAUCCGAUUGCUCGUAUACUGAUCUUCCUGCUUUUGAAUUGCCCGGAGACACCAAGUACUUCAAGACUUGCGAGAUGACCAUGGAACGGGGUUGUGUCCAUGCUUGUCACGCAGGUGCAAUUGUGCACGCACUUGAAGGCUGGGACUUUCAUGAAGUUGGCGCCAUUGAUUAUUCGCGUAUCGACCUAACUUGGGACGCCGCAAUGAAGCAUGGAUUGGUCCUCAAGUAA